CUUUUGAUGGAACUAUGUAAUUAAUGUUUUUGCAACAAAAUUACGUAAAACCACCUGCAGAUGUUCAAGUUUAUUCAAAUAUUCGGAAUUCUUUCUUGUUCACACAAUUUGAAAACCCGUUAAUGACCACAAAGUAUGUCCAGGUAGUGAAGGUGCAUCUAGUCCUUAACCAAAAUGAGAAAUUAUCCAUACGUUCCGAGUAUGGUUCAAGCAAUUACUGUCCUGACUGUCCUAAAGAUGAUGACCAAAGCCCAAACUUCAUGUGGCUCUGGAUCAAUAAACGGAAAGAUCAUGUACGAACGUCUGCCAAACAUACAGCUCCAAGGAUUCGACGAAGAUAUUGUCAGAGAUACCAUGCCUCCGUUCAUGGUACUCGAGAAAUGUCAGGAUUUGUGUUUGAAGGAUAGAAAUUCGCAGAACAUUGUAAGGGCCUGUGCCUCCUUCGACUUCCAGCCAGGCAGUCGAAUAGCCACCUACAACGGAGGACCUGAAUACGAGGAAUCAACCUGUUACCUCUCACCGAAUCAGGCCAGACCUGAAGGGAUGGGAAGCCUCAUGAUUGUGCCUAAUAGCGUACAUUUCAACGAAAUUUGUCUCACGUCAAAUAGACCUGAUAGAGAGUGCCCCAACAGAAGAUACGUUUUCGAACGUCAUCCACGAAAACGUCUAAAAUUACCGAUGCCCGACAUUAAGGAAGUUCCUGCAUCUAACAGAAGUGACUGCGAGGAUAAGUGUCUAGACGAAUUCAGUUUUGUCUGCAGAUCAGCUACGUUUGAUUCGAACCAAGGGAUGUGCAUAUUGAGCAGAUUCACCAGGAGAACACACCCGGAACUCUUGCAGGACGACCCAGACGCUGAGUACCUAGAAAACACAUGCUUGAGUGCUGAACGGAGGUGUGACGGGCUUGCAGUGUUCAUCAAAGAAGGGAACAGACGUCUUGGUGGUCCAUUCGAAGUGGAUUCAUACACAAACAUCACCUUGGAAGAAUGCCAAGGCAUGUGCGUGCGUGCCGAGAAAUAUUUCUGCAGAUCGAUAGAAUAUGAUGAGAUGACCAAACAGUGUACCAUCUCCGAAGAAGACUCUGUGUCCCAGAAGGAUGAUAUAUCAUUAGCGAGCAGUCCUACCCAUCACUUUUAUGAUUUCGCUUGCUUGGAUAGCCCAUCCUCAGUGCAGAGCCGACAUCAGCGUAAUUUAGAACCUCGAGGAUCAGAAUAUCCGGAUAACUCAGUAACUUCACACCUUUUCACUGGAAAGAAACCAGACACGGCAUUCCAAAGGUACCGUAACAGCAGAUUAGGAGGAGAACAUCACUCAGAGAUAUCCGGAAGGACCCUGAGCGAAUGUUUGGACGAAUGUUUGAGGCAACCUAGUUUCCAAUGCAGAUCAGCUGAAUACAGCGAACGGUAUAGGACUUGUAGAUUGACCAGGUACAACCAGAAAGAUGGUAUGAGGAUCAUAUACGACGCUGAUUAUGAUUACUACGAAAAUUUGAUGCUCGGAGGGGAUAGCGAGGGCAGACCAGGAGGUGAAGGUGGUAGUGGAACUUAUAGACCUGGGGAAUAUCCACACAGACCUGGAGGUGAGUAUCCACGACCAGGAUAUCCUCGACCUGGAGAUGAUUAUCCUGGAAGGCCAGGAGAUUACCCUGUACGUCCCGGUGGUGACUAUCCUCCACGACCUGGUGGGGAUUAUCCUAUCAGACCAGGAGGCGAUUAUCCCAUCAGACCUGGUGGCGGUUAUCCUAUUAGACCUGGAGGUGAUUACCCGAUAAGACCUGGUGGUGACUACCCUGUGAGGCCCGGAGGAGAUUAUCCAAUCAGACCUGGCGGAGAUUACCCAAUAAGACCGGGUGGAGACUAUCCCAGACCUGGAGAUGGAUACCCACAUCGACCUAGCUAUCCACCUCUGGAUGAUUACCCGUCAAGACCUAGACCACCAUCCUACAGGCCAAGCAGCAGUGGAGGUGACUACGAAGAUAGAGAUAGAUACUAUCCAAAACCACCCUACUCAAGAGUUCCACCGGAUGAUUACCCUAUACGACCAUUAGGACCUCCACGAGAUGGCUAUCCUGAGAGGUAUCCAGAUAACCGAUAUCCUGAAAGAUAUCCCCCGGCGUCAAAAGACAGGUUUCCUUAUUAUUCUCCAUCAUCCAGUGGAGACAAAUAUCCAUCAAAGUAUCCAAGACCCAGUGGUAACAGGUAUGGUGAUAGAGACAGAUAUGGUGGGGAUAGAGACAGAUACGGUGGGGAUAGAGACAGAUACGGUGGAGACAGAGACAAGUAUGGUGGUGGAUAUGGAAGCAGAUACGGUGAAAGAUAUCCAGAUUACGAAUAUCCAGUAGGUAUCAACUACCGACCAAGCAGUUCUGGAGGAGAUAAAUAUGGAGGAGUAGGAGGUUCUUACGAUCAGAAAUAUGGCGGAAGCAGAUAUCCCGAUAGAUAUGGAGAUAGAUACGGUGAUAGAUAUGGCGACAGAGAUCAUGGGGGAGACCGAUAUGGAGGUGGCAACCGCUAUGAUUACUACGGCGAUGAAAAGAAUGGUGGCAACAGAUGGUUCUUCAGACCAGACAGAAGACCAAUAGGAAGACCUGUUGAUCCUAUACCUCCACCAUAUGAUCCUAUAAGACCUGGAGGAGGUGGAAGACCUCCCUACGAUCCCAUAAGACCGGGAGCAGGAGAACGGCCGCCAUACGGUGGCAGACCAAUCUCACCUGGACCAGAUGGGCCCAUUUACGACAGUUUUGGUGGAAUAGGCCCCAACAGGCCAUACAGCUCCCGAUGUGACGAAGGUGGAAACUUCAAACAGAUCGGAACCAGACAGAGAGCAAGGAAGGAAUUCAUCAGGAAAUUCACCAAUGCCCCAACUUUGGUAGCUUGCGAAAGAGAAUGUAGCGACAUGAGAGAAUUCAUCUGUAGAUCCUUCAAUUACAGGGAUGUACCUCCAGGCGGUUAUGAAUCCAACAGGGAUAACUGCGAAUUGAGCGAUAGAGAUUCUAGAGAUAUGGAAGUCAAUAAUCCUCAGUAUUUCGAGACUGGCGGAAAUUUCGAAUAUUAUGAGCGCUCUUUGAGUAGGCAUGGCGUUGAUGGAGACUGCUUGGACGUCAGCCAAGUUUGCAAUGAAGAUGGGAUGGAAUUUACGCUCAGAACACCAGAGGGUUUCUACGGAAGAAUCUACACCUAUGGCUUCUAUGACAGGUGCUUCUUCAGAGGUAAUGGUGGUACUGUCAACGUUCUACGGAUUAGUGGAGCUCAAGGUUAUCCAGAAUGCGGUACUCAGAGAUAUGGUGAUACGAUGACCAACAUCGUGGUUGUGCAAUUUAGUGAUUACGUCCAAACCGGUAAGGACAAAAGAUUCAACCUAACAUGUCUAUUCAGAGGACCAGGAGAAGCAGUAGUUUCUUCAGGUUUCAUAGGAGCAGGAUCUGGCAGCCCAGUACCAAUAGAGUACUUACCUGCAGAGAACACACUUAGUUCGAAGGUUCGACUUAUGAUUUUAUACCAAGGCAGACCAACCACCACUAUAGCUGUUGGAGAUCCUCUAACAUUCAGAUUAGAAGCCCAAGAUGGUUACAAUUACGUAACAGAUAUUUUUGCCACCAAUGUGGUUGCAAGAGAUCCGUAUACAGGGAGAUCGGUACAACUCAUCGAUAGGUUUGGAUGUCCAGUGGACACAUUUGUGUUUCCGGAACUUGACAGGGGAAGGAGUGGAGACAGUUUGGAGGCUCGAUUCAACGCUUUCAAAAUCCCGGAAUCCAACUUUUUGGUGUUCGAAGCCACUGUGAAAACGUGUAAGGAUGGAUGCCAGCCAGCUUACUGUCCCUCGGGGUCUGGGAGGUCUGAACCUUCGUUUGGUAGACGAAGAAGAUCGAUAAAUGAUACUCUAAUGAUAGAAGGCGAGAAUAACACCAUUGUGGAAAUUCCCGAUGACAAUUCCAAUAAAACGGAAGAUACUAGUGUUGUUAGUUUCCCUCAGCCUGAGCAAACUACCCAGGAGAAUGAAAAAGUAGCAUCGGAAUCACCAGAAUUCGUCAGGGAGAUGAUCGAGGUUUUUGAUUCGAGGGAAGAGUUACAACAAGAGGCCCAGAGGGUUGAACUAGUUCCUGAAACAGUAUGUCUAACCAAAGGCGAAUACCAUGGCUUGGUAACGGUCCUAUUCUCUCUUUUGGCUCUUCUUCUAACAGUUGUAGUGCUAGUCAGCUGGGGUUAUCGACGUUAUUGGUCUGUUAUGCAGAAGAAUUUCAUAGUGAACAGAUCAUCCUCCAACAUAUCAACAUUCUCAUCGACCUCUUAUCCUAACACUAGGAGCAGUAAUGUUUCUGGUGGAAUUUCAAUGUUUGGAACUGGUUUUGGGAAAUCUUUCGCAGGUUUUGGGAGGGCUAGACAUUUUCCCAGCCUUCCUCGAGAUGAUCCAGAUUCUCCGAAUCCAGCUCCAGGAGGACCGUUUGAAGAUCCCAGUGAACCCAUCUAUAUUGAUCCAUCGCUCUUUGAAAGAUCAAGGAGUUUGCGAAGUAUAGCUGUCACCCCAAAGAGAAGAACUUCGAUAAGCUCGUAAUUUAAUUAACAUUUCUCCUUUGAAACAAAUUAAAUGUUUCUCCUUUCCUUUAUGAUUUAAGCAAUAACAGAAUGUUUAUUUUCAACCGAGUACAUAGCAGGUAACUUAGUUUAGGAAAACAACAACUAGCAAGAAAUUUUCACUGCCAAUAUCAGGUCAUGCGAGAAAAAGACAUUUUUUUCUAGAUUUGCUAUGAAAUACUUUUGUAUUCGUAGGACUUGUCGAAGAAUGUAUUAUUUUUCAAUUCACUUUUCCAAAUGUCUGUAAUUUAGAAAAUUCGCACUUCUAGUCGAUAAAUUCCUAAUGAAACGUUAAUUUUGAUAAGUUCAAUUUAUUUAUUGAAAAACACUGCACUGCUUUAUUUGUUAUGAAAAUGUUACUUUUUGUUAGGCCAUACCUCUUUUUAUAUUUAAUUUUAUAUUGUAUAUACUUACUAUAUCUGCAAUAAAUACUUGAGAAUUC